AUGUCACUUAAAUCCCAAUUGCGAGUUGGUCAAACUAUUAACCUCCUUAAUGGAAUUUAUCCUUCUUUUAAUGAUCCUUUCAAAUCAUCAAGUGGUAAUGGUAAAGAAACAUUUCAGUUGCCACCGGAAGUUCUAACGCCAAAGGAUGAUUUAUAUAAUUGUACUAUCUGUCUGACUGAUAACUGGAACGUAUUAUAUAGUCAUAUUGUCGACAUUUACUUUUCAGAAAAGGUUGAUGUGCCUCCUGUCACAGCUGAUUAUUCAGAAAAUUAUAUUUAUAUUGAUGAAGAAGAGGCAAUCGAUUCUAUUACUUCUUUUAGUUUAUAUCGUCAAGAUAAACUUGAUACAAUUAAAUUAAAUCUUGCUAAUUUUAUGGGAAUUAAUCAGGAACAUGCCAGUUUAAAUUCAAAUGUUGGAUAUUUACUUGUCAAGAUAUCAAAGAUCAAUUACGUCUGGACACAAAAUAGCUUGGAUGACUUUCUUAGAAAGUCAACUUCCAAUAUUAUUUCACCCACAACAAAAGAUUUAAUUGAUUUCUUUUACAAAAGUGGCACACAUUAUAUUUCUGAAAUUACUUUUGGUAAUUGUGUUUAUCAAAUUUUUGUAUAUGAAAAAGAAAAAUACCAAGAGGUUAAGUUCGAGAUUCAGAAACAGAAGUCAAAUAUGGAUUUUAUGGAUUUUUACGGAUAUGCUAGAAUCAACAGUAAUAACGCAGGGUACACUAAGUAUGCUGGUGAAUUGAGAUUAGCCGGUCAAGAUCCUUUAUCAAAUGAGUUUAAAGAACGUAUAAAAGAUGAGAUGAUAAAUGAUCAGGGGCAACCUUCGAUAUUUUCUUUAAUCUACAAAUCAGAGCUUCUAGAAAGUAUUUUUAUUAAUACUACAUCAAUUGGGUUAAAACUUACUUCACUUGUCGGAUACUCUGAUCCAAAUCCUUUACAUUCGGAAUGGUCAAUCACACUUGGUUCUUCUCUUCUUCAAAAAUUUGAUCAAUCUAAUGGAUUUCUUAAAUUUUAUGAUAAUCAACCCGAUGAUAUUUAUAAAGAUUUCAUCAGCCCAUUUGUACCAAUUAUUACAACACCAAUCUUGACGGUUUCACAGGUAUUCAUCAACUUGGAUACUUUUCAUAAGGAUUAUGAUUUAAUUUAUAAGAAACCAACGAAACUGAUUUUAUUAGCGGAUAUUAUUCACAUAUCUACUGAAGUUGAAUUACCAGAUGAAAUUGUGAUUGUUGCAAGAAUUAUUUUUGUUACUAGUCCUAAAUCCAAAAUUAUUAUUUCUUCUAAUAUAUAUGAAAAUUGUAAAAUUUUUAUUGAUCAAAUUUCGCCAGCAAUCGUAAUUAAACAAAAAAAUUCUAACGAACGUAUGACAAUUUUCGGAAAAACUGCAACAGCCCUUAUAGUCAAGCAACCUGAUCCAAAUAAUCCCAAUAAUGAAGUUCCUAGUUCAAUAGAUAUUAAAUACGUUUUCAAUGAUGAAUAUCUCAGAAAUACUUUUUUUUCCCAAAUUAGUCCAAGAAUUAUUAAUGGAAUCGGAUUUCUUUUAACGUCAAUGGAAUCAAUCUCUCAUGCCAGACUCAAUGACGAUAAUAAACUUAAGAUCGCUGCCAAAAAGUUUAUCAUGUGGGUUUACAAAUUUACCUCGAUUCUUCAAAAUGAGCGGGAUGAAGAUUCAAUCAAAAGUUUAAAUCAGAGAGCAUCUACAUUAUAUUAUAAUGGAUUUCCUUCUCCGACCACUCCCCUCUCGGUUCCAUUUCUCCGUUAUCAUCAAUAUAGUGAUGCCAUAAAAUCGUACCUUGAUUCUAUAAAAGUAUAUCAAAAUGAGGCUGAACAAACGAUUAAUGAAUAUAACAAAAAAAUCAAAGAAAUUCAUGAUACAGAAGCACAAAACAUUUCACUUGAUCACAUUAAAAAAAUUUGUAUAUUCCUUAAGAACCGAGCUGAUCUUGAGUUAAAAAAAGAAGAAAGAGUUUUUGAAAUUUACUCUGAAAACCAUCUACAAAUUGAUCAAGCUUUGACGACAACUGAGAAUCAAAUACAUGAUUUAGAGAAUAAAUUGGAUGAUGGAAAAAAAGACAUGGAUUUUUUAUUCAAGGUGUUAUUAAAAGGUCUAGAUGAAUGGAAGAUGAAACGAGAAGAGGAGGAAAGAUCCAAGAUUAUUGCAAAUAUUGCGGCCAUUGGCAUAGCUAUUGGUAAAAUGUUUACGGCAAAUGUUGAAGAAGAUACAAUAUCUGGAGAAAUUGCUGAUAAAGUAGAUAAAAUCGUGACUAGUAUUCAGGAAGUCAACAGACUGGUUAAAUUUCUCAAUGAAGCAAAGAAUAAACUCGUAGUCCCAACUCCUUACUAUACUCUUUCAUCAAUAAUGGCUUUGGAUUGGGAAGAGUGGAUUAUAAAUGUUAAGAAUGUUUUAGAAAAACUUAUUCCUAAAGAUGAAAAGCUCACCCAACUAAAGAAUGAUUAUUACUCAUCUGUUGGAAUUAUGAAAAAUCGUGGGAUUGCUUAUAUAGGUGCAUUAUAUAAAAAAUAUAAAUUAGGAAAUGAUAAAAAGCUUAUUGUUCUUCGAAGAAAAAAUGCAAAAAAGCAAAGCGAUGAAUGGAAAGAAAUUGGCGAGAUCAUUACACGAAACAAUCAGAAAGAAGUCGAACAAUUUGUCGGUGGUAGUUUAGACUUUAGAAAACUUAUUGAAACUUUCGAAGCCAGGGUCAACCUAUUAACCGGACAACUCGUAAAAAUUUUAAUGGACCAAGAUAAAGCAUCACAAUAUGAGUAUUUUACUGCGCCUGUAUUCUUAAAAAGCUUUAGAAUUGAUUAUCUUUUAGAAGUUGCUAGCGAAAAGCAAGUAUCGUUGAUAAAAGAAUUAAAUAAGUUUCCUACAGCACCAGUAGAUUUAAGUCAACCGUAUAUAUUUCAUAUGGACGUGCCUUCUGAUAUAUUAUCUAACAAAGGUUCUUUCGGUUUCUACUUUGACAUUUUAACUGAAGAUCCGUUUUUUAGAGGCUAUUAUCGGAUCAGAAUAAAUGAGAUUCAAGUUAUAUUAAUAGAUGAUUCAAUCACCACGAGUGACAAAAAGGUUUAUUUUGAAAUUUGUACAAAUGCAUCACCUUUUUAUGACAUUGGAUAUAAUCCAAAUUCAAAAGAAUAUACAAAAAAAAAACAUUAUUUUCUUGAUCAUACUCAAGACAUACUUUUCAGUGGAUUUUAUGAUAUUGAAAAAAAGAAAUAUGAUGCAAACAAGACAAAUCCCAAUUUUAGUGACACAUUCGUACAAAUUACACCAUUUGCUGGAUGGCAAAUUCGUAUUCCAAGGGAUCGCUCAAUAUAUAACAAAAAUCUUGAAUUUUUAUCAAGAACAAUCUCGAUAGACGUUAUUUUUAAAUUAAAUGCUAUUCCAAUUAUUUGA